AUGUCUGUGAUUCAUAGCGCAGGAGAGCCGCUUCCGCAUAUUCCAGAUAACAUGACGCUGGCGCAUUUCAUGUUGAAUUAUCGUCAUCCGACUCGUCCCGCCGUUCCCGUGGAACGCCCACUGAUGAUCGAGGACGCGACAGGAAGGCUUAUAUACUCAGAAGAGACUCGUCACGAGACAAACGCGCUCGCGGCCGAGCUGAUCUCACGCUUCCAUAUUGGUGAGCAACAUUGUGCCUGCGUAUUAUCAGUUUGCAUCUUCAGCCCCAAUCAUGUGCUAUGGCCUGUGGCAGUCUGGGCUCUUCACAAGAUUGGUGCCGUAGUCACACCAGCAAAUCCUGCGUACACCGCUGAGGAGUUGGUCCAUCAGCUCAAGAUCUCCCGUGCGACGCUCAUCAUUGUACACCCAAUGGUGUAUCAUGUUGCUGUAACUGCGGCUUGCGAGUCCGGGAUUGCUUUACAGAAGAUUGUCCUCGUUGAGGGGGCGUCAGACGCAAAGACUGAUUUCGGAUCGCACAGUACGAUCAGCGAGAUGAUUCAAGCAGGUGCAGGGCAUGCAGCAAGAUUCGUAGAGAGGCCACUGAAGCCCGGAGAGGCCCGCAAAAAGCUUGCGUUCUUGUGCUUCUCCAGUGGCACGACUGGUUUGCCCAAGGCGGUGGCGAUAUCACAUUAUUCCCUUGUCGCGAAUCUGGUUCAAAUAGCCACGUAUAUCAACUCGGACCUGAGCCCAUGGGAGAAGAAGCAGUGCAGAUCGGGUGAUGUUGCAUUGGCAGACAUAUAUGGGCUACUAUUUGUCAUGCACUACAUGCUGUAUAACGGCAUGCCGUUAGUGGUUAUGCCAAAGUUUGAAUUCGCCUCUUUCCUGAAGAGUAUUGAGAGGUACCGUAUCAACUACAUCCCACUUGUUCCUCCCAUUAUGCUACUCUUGUGCAAGCAUCCGGACGUAAAGAAACACAAUAUGAGCUCCAUCCGUACAAUUGUGUCCGGCGCAGCGCCUCUCUCUGGGGAAUUGACGCAACAACUGUCCGAAGUCCUACCCAACGUCUCGAUCGCCCAGGGAUAUGGAAUGACUGAGACGGCCGUCGCUGUCUCCUUGCCUCGGCUCGACCGUAAGAUCGGUGCGCCCGGCAGCGCUGGAGUCUUGAUCCCUGGUGUUUCUGCGCGGAUAGUACGGCCGGACGGAAGUCUGGCCGGGAGAAACGAGCCCGGACAGCUAGUUGUUACAGGCCCAGCAAUGGCCCAGGGCUACUUGAAUGAUGAAAAGGCGACAGGGGAGACGUUCGUCGAUGGAUGGGUUUACACAGGAGACGAAGUAAUGAUAAAUGACACUGGGGAACUGUUCAUUGUUGACCGCAUUAAGGAGCUACUCAAGGUGAAAGGCUUCCAGGUGGCACCCGCUGAGCUGGAGGGCUUUCUCCUUGACCACCCUGACGUUUCGGACGUCUGCAUCGUCGGCAUACAGGAUGAUUACAAUGGCGAUAUACCGAUUGCCUUUGUCGUACCCAGCGCCAAUGCACUGUUGCGCAUCCAGGCGGAUGCCGUCGAAGCAGAUCGCAUCAAGCACGCUCUGGUUGAAUAUGUGGCAGCUGGGAAGGCUCACUACAAACAGCUCACGGGGGGUGUGGCUUUCAUCGACACGAUUCCCAGGAAUGCAAGCGGCAAACUGCUACGCCGUUUACUGCGAGAUACGGCGAGGUCUAUUUGGAGAAGCGGCAAACUCUCAAAAGAGAAAACAAAGUUGUAA